CCCCACAUCCAAGCACAGCACCCCACUGUCCUGGGGUGGCCUCCAUGCCAGGAGGAUCCUUGUCCCAAGGGUCUGACCCGCCCUGUGUCCCUCUGCAGGCCCGGGAGGAGCUGCGUCCUGUGAAGGAGGAUUUUGAAGCCAAGAACAAGCAGCUCCUGGAGGAGAUGCCCAAAUUCUACAGCAGCCGCAUCGAUUACUUCAAACCCAGCUUCGAGGCACUGGUCCGGGCACAGGUUGUCUACUACACGGAGAUGCACAAGAUUUUUGGGGACCUGACGGCUCAGAUCGACCGGCCCGGGCUGAGCGAUGAGCAGCGGGAGAGGGAGAACGACGCCAAACUCAGCGAGCUGCGAGCGCUCUCCAUCGUGGCUGAUGACUGAGGAGGGGAUGGGGGAGAUGGAGAAGGGAUGGGGAUCCCCCCCUUCACCCCAGCUCCCAUCCC